UGUAGCCGGGUGGACUCAGCAUGUCAGGCAGUCUCAGAGGGGUGACCCAGGAUUUGCCCAGCCUGCUCCUAUUUGGCGCACACCUCUGCGGCUGACAGCUGACUGACGGAGAUGAGCUGCGGAGGAGAAAAGGAGGACGAGCCGAAGUGAGUUUUCCUGUGAGCGGGAGGUAAGGGCCUGUGGCCUUACUUACUUCACGAAGAGGAGAGAAGGAAGAAGAUGGCCUAACCGGGGAAGCUGCUUCAGCAGAAGAGAGCGGCCUGCAGGCCCGGUGAGUGUUGCAGGGAUAGAUACCAAGCGUUUGAGCGGGGGGGUUUCCCUGCUGGGAGUAUCAUCCAGGAUGCAAACAUCUGUACGGAGGGGACAUUAAACGACACGUUCCCCCUGCAGCAUCCAUUAGGGGCCUCUUCGUCUGACUGAGAGUGCGUGUGUUCUCGCGCCAGAGUGCGCGAUAGUGAGCAGGACUAUGAGUCUGGUCUCAGGCUACCCUCACCACCCGAUCAUGCACCACCACGACAGCCACCACUAUUCGCUGCACGCCGCGGCGGCCGGACGGUGCCACGAGGACACCGGGGCCCCUCCGUACUUCACGAGCUGGCUGAUCAGCCACGCAGACAUGUCCCCCACAGAGUACAGCCUGGCGCCGGGCUACAGCCCGGAGUACCACACCAACAGCGGCGGCGACUCCUCCGGCGGCCUGGACGCGCGCCAUCACCACCACCACUACGGGCCCGGGAACCAUCUGAUCCCGGGCCCCGGCACUAUCUCGGUGAACGGAGCCACGGUCGCCAUGCAUCACCACCCCCGCACCAUAAAACGGAGACCGACCGCAAACCGCAAGGAGAGACGGCGGACCCAAAGCAUCAACUCGGCCUUCGCGGAGCUCCGAGAGUGCAUCCCCAACGUCCCAGCCGACACCAAGCUAUCCAAGAUCAAGACUCUGCGGCUGGCCACCAGCUACAUCUCCUAUCUGAUGGACAUCCUGGAUAAAGACGGCCAGCACGGAGACACGCAGGCGUUUAAAGCCGAGCUCAAAAAGACAGAGGCACGGGAGGAACGCAGGAAAAGAGAGGCGGUGGAGAUCCCUAAAGCAGCCUCCUCAUCUUCAUCCUCCUCGUCAGUGGGAGAUAAGAAGAGCAAAGGUCGGACAGGAUGGCCUCAGCAUGUCUGGGCUCUGGAACUCAAACAGUAGUGACCCUUCCACUCCCACCCCCACUCCCAAACUUGACCUCCAGGCUCUGAUGAACAGUGCAGCCGCCGUGGCUAAGCACUCUCAGGCUUCCCCCAGCAGCGUGGCUGGAUGGACGCUGCAGACGGUCCUCGUGCUGCUCGGCCAUGGUCUCAGUUGGUUCCUGGGAUGUAGAAGUGAAGAGUCCCUGUGAAGGAGCCGGUGGGUGAGCUGGAGUCGUGCCAAGGGGGGCUCCAUCUAGACAGGGACCAACGGAGUUAUUAUCCCUGGCACCCCUCUUAACGGACCCAACCGUCCCCACCCCAAACACACACACACACAUUUACACACAUAUGCUUACUAAUGUGUCUGUGUAGUUGACCACACGACGGGGGAGUUGUGUGUGUUUUAUUUAAGGGAAUAUAUUUAUGUUUAAUGUGGCCAUCAAACGGGUUUCUGCAGGAACUCUCACUUUGAUGUAUGUGAACACAUCUCUCUCUCUCUCCUAUCGCAGUUUUAGGUUUUAAAUGUAGUGCCAGUGGCAGUGGCAAAGUGUCUGUAUUUUUGUGUGAAAACGUGCUGGGAGUCAAAAUAAUGCUUCUUGUGGGAUGUAAACAGUGUUGUGAAAAGAAUAAAAGCACCACUUAUUGAAAUAA